GGGAGACGGAUUGAAGAAGUUGAGGGGUAUAGUUUUGAAAACCCAAAACAAUGCCGAAGCAAAUUCAUGAGAUUAAGGAUUUCCUUCUCACUGCACGACGCAAAGAUGCGCGGUCGGUGAAGAUUAAAAGGAGCAAGGACGUGGUGAAGUUUAAGGUGCGAUGUUCCAAGUACCUCUACACACUUUGCGUAUUUGAUUCUGAAAAGGCUGACAAAUUGAAGCAAUCCCUUCCACCAGGUUUGAGCGUUCAAGACCUUUGAGGAUCGGUGCCAUCUUUCUCUUUCUAAUGAAGUCACUUGAGGACAGUUUCCAUUUUGGUUCCAUAUUUGUAAUAUGGAGUAAAAUUUUGCUUAUUAUGUCCUGUGUUGGUUAUCAUUCAUGAUCUUAAAAUAUUUAUGCUGAAUUUUGUUUUUGUUGAUCGUUUAAACGGAGUUUAGUAUUUAUUUUCCAUAUUGACCUCUAAAUAGACAUAUGUGUUAUGGAAACCAAUCAAAAAGUAAACUAGGCUUUUUCUCAA